UCUCUCUAUAAAUUCACUCACUUUUUUUCAGUUUCCACUCGCUCUCAACACUAGCUCUCUUCCCAGAACCAUUUUUCAAUCCAAAUUCUCCUCUGGGUUUCAUUUUCUUCUUUGGAUUUCAGUGAAAAAGUUCUUGAUCUCUGGAAGUGAAGUGCAGAGAUUUUUGUUGGUUGCAGCCCCUUGCUUUGUUGUGUGUUCGUUUUUUAAGUUUCUUCAAGGUAUAUCUGAACCCAUGGAAGUUGGAGAAACAAAAUGUUCCUCAGGCUACAGCAAGCCCCCUUGGAUAUUUAGAGGCAGUGCCUUAUACCAGCUCCAUCUUGUCAAAGCAGAAACUGCUCGAGCAUGCAUCCCAAAAGAGUUCAGAUUAGUCGAAGCUUUUGGGUAUACUCUUGGUGGCUUCUUUCUUGCCAGUUAUGAUGACAGUCCAGCUGGAAUUUUUGAUGAGCUCGUGGUGAUUGCAGGGCUUGUAUGGAACCCACCAACAUCCUGCGCAUGGGCAGCUAAGGUGCUUGUGAACAGCAAUGUGGCUUGCGAUCAUGGAAGAAAGGAAGUAGGGCUUCCAAGUCAGGUUGCUAGGUUUUCAAAGAGAAUCACAGCAAUUACAAGUCCACCCAAGAGUAAAGACAUUGGAUUUCUAAGCAUGGUUGGUAUGGGUGCUGCUUUCUGUAGUCCAAGGGAGCAUAUGAAUGUUCAAGUGACUGAAAUCAAUAUUCCUGAUACAAAAGAUAUCUGUAACAUCAACCUUACCUGUGUUGAUUACAAAAAGUGGAAGGGGCCAGCCAUCAAAAUGUCUCUUCCAAGUUAUAGUGGCCGUACAGAGUAUAAUCCCAACCUUCUUAAGUAUUCUUGCCAGAUUGAGUGCAGGGUGCGAGCAGUGCAGCCCGCAAAAGUAUCUGGCCCAACUCUUAUACUGAAUAACAAUAGAGAACGUCCUUCAGAACAUGGUAGUUGCAAUAGUGUAGACUCAACAACUGGGGAUCAUAGAGAUAAUGGAGAAAACCUGUGUCUAUCUGUGAUGUUGUCAAAACCUAUAUUGGCUUUGGAGUUCAGUUGUUUGAAAAUGCAGGUAGAAGCUCCGACUGUGGUUUCCCCCGUCUCUAGAAAUUCUUAGGAGCAUUAAGUAUUGCAGAAAUUCUUUUUAUCACUGUAGAGUUGCACAAUAAAAUGAAAUUAAUGAAGUUCAUUUCCCUAAAUUGUCUCCAGUUGUUAAUUUCAAAUACUCUUUGCAAGGUAGGAAAUCUGAAAACAUCUUCUAGUAAUAUCAAUGAAGAUUCUCAACAAGGGAACAUCUCAACAUU